AUGAGAGUACCCUAGCCUAGCACAAUACAAAUAUUUUCUAUUCUGUUCGAUGACCCCAAAUUAAUUAGAAUAGUAAAUAGAUGCUUGCAAUAUGCUUGAACAGGUAAUUGGUCUGAGAACUCAACUAUUUGAUGUACAAGAUAAGAUGAAUUUUUUAAAUGAACCUUAUUCUGACACUUGGGAAGCUGAAUUAUUAAAACAAGAUGCUCAAUAUUCAGUAGAAGUCGAUAAUGCAUUUAAAACUAUUAUUGAAGAACUCAAUAAAUAUCGAGAUAUAAGAAAAGCACGGCACACUUGUCUUGAGCAAUAUCAAUGCAAGGCCAAUGCUUUAGGAGAAAAAUGUACUGAACUUCAAAGUAAAGCUCAUAUGCUACAUAUUGAUAAUGCGGAAAUACAAAAAUAUAUUAUUCAACAUAAAGAAAAUUUAAGUAAUCUUAUGUGCAAGUUUAAAAACUACAAUAAUCUUCCUUCGAUUAAUAUAUUUGAAUGUGAAAAGCAAGCUGCACAAAGAUUGUAUAAAGAAAGAGGUUUCACACGAAAAUUCAUAAAAACUGUUUAUAAUUUGGAAACUCCGUUGAAAGUCAUGAAUGGUUUCAUAUGCACUGAACUUGGUUUGGAAAAAAUAUCAUUUGCUGGUGGAAAUAUCAAGGACAUACAGGAUAAAAUUUGGCAAAUCAUUGCAUUUCCAAUUGAUUCUGAUAAAGUACAACAACUUAAAAAUCAAUAUGAAAUAGAUGUUUAUUUCAUCAAUAAAUUUAAACACCAAGUAAUGAAUUGUAAAAAUACACGGUACCAGAAAAAUACAAUGCAAGUAAAUAUAGGUGAAAGAACAUCCAAGAUCGAUUUAAUAAUAUACAUGAAAUAACAUA